AUGUCUCCAAAGCAUAUCGCCAUGCUUUCACCUAGAUCUCAUACGGUGAAAGGCCGAAAAUCCGGACCGCUAUCAGCCCGAUCUCCCAAGAAGAUUAGCAAAGCGCGAUCCUGCGAGACUUGCCGACGCUUGAAGACACGAUGUGAGAUUGGAUUGAUUGCUCCUUUCGCGGGGUAUCUCGCAGCCAACCAUCCGCAGAACAGACCGAAAGUGACAGGGGCGAGAGUCAUCGAUGUGACUGUCAUGAAAGUUGAAACCUCCCUUGCGCAGAUUCGGGCUUCUAUGUCGGUUCGAAGUGCUAGUCCCGACGAAGAGAAACUGGAGGUUAGAGUGGGUGCACUCUAUUUUCGUGUUUCCAGCAGAUACCUGAUCGCAGAAUCUCAGCCUCCAUCUAUUGCAGAGCGUACUACCCGCGAUGCACCCAUGAGCCUCAUCCAAGAAAUUAGGGAAAAUAUGGCAUUGCCCCAACAACCAUCCACAAGCCAGGACCACUCCGAAGAUAGCAUCAUCGGCAGUAUCAUUUCUGAAGAGCUUGCUUCAAUGCUCCUCGAAGGGAAUUCGUGGCUACUCAGUGGCAUGGCAGCUAUGCAGGUUGUGAUGACGACCUGCUUUGAUCAGUUUCCGUGUGCGAGCACUGUUAGCGAAGCGACCCAAUCACGAGAGCUGAUGCGCACUUGGAACUUGAUAUGCCUGUGCCAAUUACAAUUUUCGGUCGGUUCUGGGCGUCCGCCUGUCAUUGCAAAGCAGUACUUCGAUGAAUGUAGCAAAAUACUCGAGUUUCCAUCAUAUAAUUCCCGAGAUGAGCUUGUACUUGCAGGAGUGGAGCUCUAUCGUACGCUAUGGGAUCUCAUAAGUUCAAAUGCGAUUCAGAAAGAAAGUGCCGCCUGGCCUGAGAUUGAAAGACUCCGCAAGACCCACGAUCACAUCUAUAACCUGGACUCAUCCGAGCCAUUACGUUUUGCAUACUCGUGUACCUAUCUCAUUCUCGCGCGUCGAUCGCUACAGCAUCUGGACUACACUCAAACUGUCAAAAAGCCCAGCCCAACGUAUAUGGGGACAUCAGACCAGAAACUCCCAUUUAAUAAAGUGGCAAUCUACCACUCGUAUCAGAUCCUAGAUCUCUUCGUGUCCAUGUCGGGCCUCACCAUUUAUAUCCACCCAGCUUAUGAAACCCUUCUGUGUUCUUUUGCCAUGGCUACUUUGGCUGAAUUUGUGUCUCAUGUCACCGAUGUAAGCGAGACAGUAGUCCUCAUGGAGCGGGCUAUAUCGCAUAUUCAACAUUGUGGCAAGGCUGAGCCCGUCAGCCGGUGGUCUCUGAACGUCAUCAGGCAGCAUGUCCCGGGAAAUGGAGGGCCAGACGCUCUCAUUCCAACACCGACUGAUAGUAACUUGCUUAGUACAAUGACCGCCGAUCAAACAUUGAAGCCAUGGCAGGACGACGAUUGGGGGGUACAAGAAUUCCCGUCGCUUGAAGAAAUGUUUUUUGGAAAUGCAGUAUAA